GCGCGCGCGCGCGUGUGUGAUUGUGUGCGAUUCCGUCACCCGCACGCGCUGACGAGUCCCGAUAUUAUUGUUUGACUUUCACAUUAAGAAGCCGGACGGACGGUGCCUGUAAGCAAACAAUAACACAGCUAAAUCCUUCCGGUUUUUACACCCAGACUCUGUAGUACUCUGUACUCACCGGUGCGGAUCCACAAAGACAUUCGGUUUCGGAAUUGUCCUGUGGUCAGAUCCCUCCAUGAACAGAGAGGUACGGAGGAGCAAAGCAGUCAGUUUCACCGGGUGAAGAAAUGGAAGUCGCCAUUCUAGACGAGCCUCAGAAGAAGAUAUUCCGCGCUCGGAAAACCAUGAAAAUGAGCGACCGUCAACAGCUAGAGGCGCUGCACAACACUCUGUCGACCACGGUCUCCAAUCCUUCAUCUCCCGACGACUCCUCUUCACGACCCCAGACGCCGCUGGUGAACGGAACGCACACGGAGGAAGAGCAGAGGGGGACAGAAACUGAGAAGGAGACCGGGUCGAAGAGUCCGACCGCGCUCUCGUCAGGUUCUUCCCCUCUGCCUUCAACCUCUCUUUCCCUUUCUCGAUCUCCCUCCCCAGCUGUCAAUCAAAGUCGAAAUGCCUCACCUUCAUCGUUAUUGAAGAAGGACUCAGAGAUGAGCAAGGGUGAAGAAGAGGCAGGAGAGAAGGACAAGAAUGAUGGAAAGAAUACUGAGAAGACAGAAAUGCUUCAAUCUGAGCUUGAUAAAUCUCCAUCAUCUGACAAUAACAGCGACCAGAAAACACCUGUGGAAAAAGUGUCAAAUGGAGAUUUAGCCAUGGACACAGUAGAGGAAAAAAGCACUAAGAGUUUGUCCUCAUCUCCUACCGGCUCUCCGGUUGCGAGUCUGGAGUGUGACCCGGAAGUAAAAGAGGGUUUCCUAUGCCUCAGUGAGGAAGAUGAAGGCCAGGCAGAGCAGGAUGAGGUGAAAAAGGAGAAGAUGGAUGUGGAUUCCGUGAAAGAGGAGAAAGCAGCUACAGAGACAGGGUGUACAGAAGCAGAUGGCACAGGCAGCAACAGCUCUGUGAACAAGAAGAGAUCCUGGUCACCAGUAGAUAAUAAAGAUGAGUGGAAGGAUGAAGAGAUAAAAGAAGAGAGAGAUGGAAAGAGAGCGAGAGUGGAGGGAGUGCAACUGGAGGCUCAGCUAGAGCUCAAGAUCACGGCUGAGGCGGGUGGCCGACUAAAACUUGAAAAGGUGGUGCAACAACUGGUGGAGGAACGGUUACGUGUGCUGCAGCUGACUCUAUUUGAUCAUAGUCUGCUGGAGCUGAAGGAGAGGGUGGAAAAGAUUGAUGCUGCCACCAAACAACAGAAUACUGUCCAGCACAUUAAUACGCUACAGAGUAAGAUUUCACGACUGGCCAAGAAGUUUGGAGCUGCUAACCAGGCAUCAGAGAAUUUAAGAAAAGAGGCUGCUGCUGCGAAGGCUGCUUCUACAGCUUCUGCAACCAAUGUAAACCCAGGAACUCAGCGUACUGUAAGGACCAUGAUUGACUCUAAGCAGACCACAGCUACCCCGAAUCAGCCCAGACCUCUCUUAACUCCAACCACGGCAACCUCCUCAGCCCUAGCUGCUUCUGCCCCAAUCCUGCAGAUAAUCUCCACGACAACAAACUCUACCCCCUCGUCCUCAAGCUCCUCUCUGAGCGGACAGGGCCAGACGAGCACUCUACUGCUGCAGCCUCGCCCCAACACGGGUGCCAUGGCUACUAGCACGGUCACAUCUGCCGGCCAGCCGGUUUCCCUUCCGCCUCUUUUGAUUCAGCUGCCAUUGGCUAUGGCUAAUGGGCAGGGUGGGACCAUAGCAGGAGGUGUUAACCUGAUUCCCGUGUCCUCUCUAGCCAAUGUUAGCAGCAUCAACAAGGCCAAGACCACCACGGCCACAACCUUUAUCUUGCAAAAGACACCAGGAGGUGUUGUGCCGUCUACUUCUUCUACUGUGUUAUCAUCGUCUUCACCAACUGUGACGCAGUUGCCAGUAAGCAGGCCGGUCUACCAGGGUGGAAUGGGAACAGCAGCUUCACCUAGUGCAGGUAUCUCUGUGACAACAGCCCGCACUCCAUUGCAGUCUGCCACUGUGGUCGGAAUGGCCACAGCCUCAUCGUCCCCAGCAACCACUGGUCCUGCGGCUACAGGAUCUGCAGCAGCUGCCAAUGGUCCACCUUCAGCUUCUGAAAUGACAUCUAAAACAGAUAAUCAAGCUACUCAUUCUGCUCCAGCUAAAACACCCACUCAGUCUGCUCGGCCCAAAAGUUCAGUCAUAGACCUAACUGAAGAUGACGAUGAUGUUCAAUUAACCAGUGUACAAAAGCCUGCUUCUACCCAGAGACCCACAGGGCCUCCACCACCACUAGUCAACUCUAACAAUGCUGCAGGUCGCACUGGGGUGCAGCAUCGACCCUCAGUGGACUCGCCCAGAUCCCGGCCAAGUUCUACUUCCUCUGCUCCUCUGCCUCCGCUGCCGUUAGCCCCAGCUCCGCCGGCUCGUCUGCCUCCGGAGGCAGCACACACCUCCUCGCCUCAGCAACCUCAGCUGAAGUUGGCACGUGUGCAGAGUCAGAACGGCAUUGUGCUGUCAUGGUGUGUGUCUGAGACCGAGCGCAACUGUGCUCCUGUGGACAGCUACCACCUCUACGCCUACCACCAGGACCAGCUGGCAUCGUCUGUUCCACAGUCCACUCAGUCGGCAGGCCUCUCACUAUGGAAGAAGAUCGGAGAGGUUAAGGCCCUGCCGCUGCCCAUGGCCUGCACACUAACCCAGUUUGUGUCAGGUUCUACAUAUUACUUCGCUGUUAGGGCUAAAGACAUUUACGGCCGCUUUGGGCCCUUCUGUGAGCCGCAGUGUACGGAUGUUAUCAACCCGCCGUCUUCAAGUACUUCCUAAGUAAGUGUAGCAAUUGAGCUAAGACUCAACAUGCCGUAGUCUACAGAAAUAUCCAAACAUUGCCAGAGACUGAACAGCUAAUAAUACGAGAGACUGCUUGUUUAGUUUGGGACUUUGUUUGGGAUUUAAAACAUUCCCAAAUCUUAUAGGUUGUUUAAAAUACUCAUAUACAGAAACACAGACUUGCACACUAGUCAAUGAUUUGACGCUAUUUUAAGGAAAAUAGGGAACUGGCAUAUGUCAAAAGGGUGCCUCAAACGGUAUUUUCCAUGUGUAGAUUGACUGUACAGACUUAAGUGUUGAACCGAUAGGUCAAAUAUUUAUACAUUGUGUUUGGUCCGUUCCACUUUUUUUUUCAUUUUCUUUCAUUUUUUUUAUGAAAAAUGAUUUUCUUCUUUUUUUAAUAAAAUGACUUUCAAUACAUUGUACAUUAUGUUCCAUAACAUGGCAUGGUAUCAAGCUACACAAAAAAACAACAACAAAAAAACAAACAAAGGUGGCAUUCAUGAUUCUGUAAUGUUCUGUCUGGUAACCAGACGCCUCAAGAAUGACCUUCAAAUCAAGGUGUAAGAUGAAUCUAUUUAAAAAUGUUUGCUUUACUACAAAAAUAAGAUUUUUUUAUAUAACUGCCUCAGUGUCACUCAACUAAAUGCAUUCAAAUCCCCUGUGCACUCUGGGAACCCCUGCUACUCGCACAAUACCAUUGUUGGUCCAAGAAGUUCAAGGCUUGUCCACGCAACACAUUUAAAGCAAAUUCUUACACAGCGCUCCAACAUGGUACCUUGGAUAAUACACUAUUCACUGCUCCCACCAGUGGCUCAACCAGACUGUAGGAAUUGCUAUAUCAGUGGCAUAGAGGUAAUUCUUGAGCACCACACCACUCAAUUCACAUGCAAUGGCACAAAUUCAGGCCUAUGUCAAUAUUAUAUUUAUUAUAUAGUCUUUUUCUUUAGAUCUUUUGAAGCAACAUUGGUAAAAGAGAGCUUUCUAAACAAACAUAAAAGUGAGCAAAGAGUCAGAACACUUUGCUCAUUUAUUACUGUGAAAGUUAACAUCAGCAAAGGUCAAAAGAUCAACAUAGAUGUGAUCAUGUUCUAUACAGUUGAACUGGGGUUUUCGAAUGGCACAGCAGUCCGUUACGCUAGCCCACCCCUGCUGAGCUCUGGGUUUAACUCUCAGCAGUGCUGUCAGCUGUCUGGGCAUCUACACAGACAUGAUUGGGUAUUUCUAAGGAAGUGGCUGAAGCCAUGUGAUGGAUUGGCACCAUGUCCAGGGAAUUUCUAACUUGUUCCCAGUGUUUCGUAGUGAAACCAGACCAACUGCAAGCUUGACAGGAUAAAGUGGUUGUUAAAACUGAAAUUAAAGAAAUGUAUAACAACAACUGUAUAACUGCUAUGUAAACAGAACAUUAUGACCUUACCUUAAUUUUUAAAAUCUAAUUGAUUGCACUGGAGUUUGCAAAAACAGCACACACUCCUAAAGAAUAAAAACGGUAAUGUUUUGUUAGUCGCAAGGUACCACAAAGCAUUAAUGCUUUUAUCACUGUGAGUCACAUUUGCAGAUUGGGUAAUUGGCUUUAUUUGAUAUUUAAUUGGGCUAGGAAAAUGUCUCUGAACCAAAGAUUGCAACAAUCAGUUUCUUAAGGUACACUCGAGCACUGAGCAGAUCACACAGAUAUAAAUAAUGGCUAAUGCCAACCUUACUCUCCAGUUCUUCAGUAUAAUGCGUCCAAGCUUAACAUGAGAUGUUCCUUAAAUCAUUGAUUCCAACUUUACACUUUUGUUUCAGAAUAAAAUAACAAAGUAUGAACAGUU